GCAGCCAACGGGCACCUUGCAUGUGGCGGGGUGAGAGGUGAAAGAUCAGGCGGGGCGGCAGGAAGAUGGCGACGCCGGCGGCGGUUGCCGGGCGGGGGACGCUGGCUCAGUGAGGGGAUGGCGGCGGCGCGGCGGGCGGCGCGCAGCGGCUGAGGCACCCCCAGUCCCCUCCCCCUGACCCUCCCGCGCCUCUGCUCUCAGCGCGCUCCCGUCGGUCGGUCGGUCGGUCGGUGGCGGCGGCGGCGGCGAGUGCCGCCCCGCGCCGCGCGCCCCCCCCCCCAUGAGCGGGGCGGGCGGGCUGGCGUGGCGCGCGCUGCACGCCGUGCUGCGCGCCCUGCUGUGCCUGCAGCGCGCGCUGCUCGCCUGCCUGCGCGGCCGCGUCGCCGCCGGGCCCCGCGCCUGGCUGUGGCGCCGCGCCGCCUCCGCCGCCGCCUCCUGCGCGCUCCUCGCCCCCGCCGGGGCCUUCGCCUUCCGCAAGGCCGGCGCGGCGCGGCGGCGGCGGGCACGGGGCGCGGCGCAGGGCCGGCAGCGCUGGCGCUCGGACGGGCGCGCCCUGCAGAAGUUGCCGGUGCACAUGGGGCUGGUGGUGACCGAGGAGGAGACGAGCUACGCGGACAUGGCCAGCCUGGUGGUGUGGUGCAUGGCGGUGGGCAUCUCCUAUGUCAGCGUCUACGACCAUAAUGGUAUUUUCAAGAGGAAUAAUUCAAGACUGAUGGAUGAAAUCUUAAAACAGCAGCAAGAACUCUUAGGCUUAGAUUGCUCCAAGUACACCGUGGAAUUUGCAAAUCAAGACAGAGCUGAUCAAGUUUUAAAUUGCCAAUCUACAUUGAAGGUGCUGUCUCCAGAAGAUGGAAAAGCAGACAUAGUAAAAGCUGCUCAGAACUUUUGUCAGUUGGUAGCACAGCAGCAAAGAACAUACACAGACCUGGAUGUGAAUGUGUUAGACAACUUAUUAAGUAGUACAAAUGGAUUUCCUGAUCCUGAUUUAGUCUUGAAGUUUGGUCCUGUGGACAGCACAUUAGGAUUCCUUCCGUGGCACAUCAGACUGACAGAGAUCAUUUCUUUGCCUUCCCACCUGAACAUCAGCUAUGAAGACUUUUUCUCUGCCCUCCAUCACUAUGCAGCCUGCGAGCAGCGCUGGGGGAAGUGACUUCUGGCUGAGCACAUGGAGUCAGGCUUCCUGUGGGAAGGAAUUAAUGUCUGUUUACAAGCACCUGUGACCCAUAAGUCUGGUUCAUAGUCCUUUCUUAAUUUAUCAACAAAUUCAAUAAAGUGUCUUACCUUUCUAGAGCGUCUGUGUGAAUGCGUGAGAAUCUAUGGGGAGGGGGAAAUUCAGAUUUCCUUUAUGAAAAAUAUGCUUAUUGCAAGUAAAGCUGUUCAGAGCUGAAUUACCCUCGCUUUCGUGACCAAAAGAAUAUAUAAGAAUUCAGUUUUGUGAAAUCUACAGGACAAUAUAAAGAGAAGUUCCCUGCCCUGAAGGUCCUUAAAUCCAAGGAAAAACUCUCAUGUCAGUUUGUUUCUUUUUAAUUCUUUAUGGUCAGGCAUUUCAGAGCUUAUCACCUGGUUUAUCUUCAGAUGUAUUUGCUAUGUAAUAUGUGAAUUCUGGAGGGGUCAAUUCUGUUAACUGAGAUCAGACGCUGCUACUUAACUGUGAUGACUAAGCCAGCGGUAGGUAUCAAGUUCUAGAAAUGCUGAGAAGGUUCCAUAAAAAGGAAUGGAAGCUUCUAUGGUAAGUGGGUUAGGUGGUUAGUGUGGCACACUCCAUCCUCUCUCUUUGUUUUGUUGUUGGUAGUUUUUUUUCUUCAAGAGGUAAAAUCAAAGUAUUCCUACAGCUCUGAGUGAAACUUCUCUUAGCAUCAGGUCAGUUUUCCAUAGGGAAUAAGCCCAAACAGUACUAUGUAUUGUUUGUAAACCUAUUUUCCCCAUAAAAUUCUCACCUAAGGUGACAAGCUGGCUCUGGCAUCACUUGCUGAAAAAUCUGAAAAUGGACCAGGUCCAGUUCCAUGGCUGAUGCGACUUGCAUGUUGUCCUCAUGUACCCGACACAGGAGUCUGCUUAAGCCUUUUACUGGAUUUGUUCUCAACUGCACAUUAGAAGUUUGAAUCAGAACCUGCAGCAGGCAAAGAAGAUGAAGUGAAGCUGCACUACAGUAUCUCUUAACUGAGAUAACUAAAUAGAUACAUUAACUAAAUGGUCUUCAUUGUGGAAUGCCCUGUGUGAGUUAUGUUCCUAUUGUUGGAAGUAAUUUGAAAUUGACAGUCUUUAUAGCAGCAUUUGGACAAAGCAAUGUCUUGAGAGCUGUGUUGCUGGAGACAGGCAUUAAUAUUGCAGCCUUCUGCCUGCAGGCUGUAGAACUGUUGAACACUUCAUUCUGGAAGUGUUUCCUUUACCUUGUUUUUUCCACCUCUUCAAAAUGAGUCUGGCUUUAUCUCCUUAAAGAUAGGCAUGUCACUAGAAGGGAAAACUACUGCUUUUAAAAGGGGAGUGCCAGAUUUUAAAUGAAUGUCUGCUUCAUUGUGAAACAGUGUAUUUUAACUGUUGUAGCUUGAUGUAAUGUUAAAAGCAGAUUGCCUAAACUUUUAGCUGCAGUAUUUUGUCAUACUAGGGUCAGAUUGCAGUUUCAGGAGAGGAGAACUGCAGUCUACUCUUUCUCAUGAAAGAGAAAGGGAUGUUUAAUUAAUUACUUAAUGGUUUUGACAUCAACUAACAUUCCAUAUGAGCUGGACUGCUCAGAGUACAGUUGGCUGCCUUUUGUGGUCUGGUCUCUGAUGUUUGCCAGUUAGUGUAUUGCAGAGAAGAUGAACAGUUGUGGAAUGUUUCCUGGGUUCUGUCAUUGCCAUAAGAAAGUUUUGUCACUGAAUGUUAAGUUUAACAUUUUUGUGGGGAGUGAAUAAUCUGUUGGAAUCUUAAGUAUUAAGUAUGAAAUUUCAUUUUCAUUUCAUUAAAAUGCAAGGUUGCAUUGAAGUUACUGCAUGUAAGUUACUGUGCCACUGAAGCAGUUCUGGUGCUGGCAGUGAAGAUAUAAAAUGGGAAAAGCUUAGUUUAGUCCUCAAAAUCAAUCUAUUUUUUAUAUUUGUAUCAAACUGCCAAAGAAUACUUGUAAUACCUGAGCUCCCCUCAGUCCUCAGACUUCUGCAUAUCUCAACUAAAAAGACUUGGUUUAUACUGGAGACAGAUCUCAAGGUCUAGGAUUUGUCUAUAGAGGGGUGAUUAAUGAACCUAAAAUGAUUAGUUCAGCUGCAUUUGAUCCAACUUAAUCAAAUCUCCUAUGAUAGCUAGUUUAAUUGUGAAUGAAGCGUUCCUCCCAGAAUUAAUGUAGUUGAACUAAUCUGUAUUAUCACUUAGUUGGGAUUAUUUUACUGUCCCUGUGUGGGCAAUCUUCAGCGAGCUGUGCCAAAUGCACUGUGCAUAUCCACAACUUGAUCUCUGAAUGUAUGUCAUUGCAAUUAGCACCUCUCCCCAGCUUGUUCUGUGCGAAGGUCUGUGGUAUAGCUGUGACAUGCUGUAUGGCUGUAGUCUCCGGGUACCUGUACAUACUGUGUAAAACAAGGUUUUUAUGAUUAGGGAAUCAAUUUAUUGAACUUUAUUAUUGAAAGUUAAAUCUGAAUCUGUAAACCAAGAAAUCAAUAAAAGACUAUAAUCUUU